UUUAGAGGCAUAUUCCUCACCGACCAUGUCUCAGACUCUCAGGACUCUCUCCCCUAUUACUGGGUCACCACCCAAUAAGCACAUUCCACGUCCGUAAACAACGCUCUUCAGGUGCGAGACGCGGGCAAAGUCGUCCGCCACAAUUUGCUGCCUUUGUAAAUUACAACCGAUCUCAAGUUCCGUGAUACCUUGCGUAACGCGCACACUGAAACUUGGUGGUGCCGGGUGCGGUUCCAGUUUCCACUACGUUCUUUGUGAGAUUGAUGUUGGAUCUCAUUCCCUUUAACACGUGAUUUUUUCGUGGGAUCUCCCGCCAGUGGAUUUUUUGUUUUCAAUAAUGAUGGAGAGGGCAGAUUCUAGUCAAAAGCUAUAUACACGAAUGCGGCUAUGGGAAUUUCCAGAUCAGUAUGUUGUUGAGCCCACUGAUGGCUCUUGUGGUUCCUCCUUGGCAAUCAGUCGAAAGGACGGCUCGCUGAAUUUGAUUGAUGAACUUCCAGAGUGCAACUCUGUUUGGGUUCCUAAAAUCCGGACAAUUUUUGGUGUAAUUGGGAUGCUAAAGCUCUUGGCAGGGUCAUAUUUAAUAGUAAUAACGGAACGUGAAUCUGUUGGAUCUUACUUGGGGCAUCCAAUCUUUAAAGUUUCAUCACUGAAGAUUUUUCCCUGUAAUCAUUCUCUUGAAAAUUCCCCUGAAGAACAGAAAAAGAUGGAGAAUGAGUUUUCUGGGCUGUUAAAUGUUGCAGAGAGGACUUCUGGUCUGUAUUUCUCAUAUGACACCAAUUUAACACUGAGCGCACAGCGAUUACAUGAUCUGGGUGAUGCGUCUAAAUUGCUUCCUCUUUGGAGACAAGCAGAACCUAGAUUUCUCUGGAACAACUAUAUGUUGGAAGUUCUCAUAGAUAACAAGCUUGAUCCCUACUUACUACCUGUUAUCCAAGGGAGCUUUCAUAACUUUCAAGCAGCCAUCGGGAAAGAUAUUAUUGAUGUUACCCUGAUUGCUAGGAGAUGCUCAAGGAGAAAUGGCACUCGGAUGUGGAGAAGAGGGGCUGAUUCUGAUGGUUAUGUUGCAAAUUUUGUGGAAACUGAGCAAAUUAUGCAAUUUAAUGGGUUUUCAGCAUCAUUUCUUCAGGUUCGAGGGUCAAUUCCAUUGCUUUGGGAACAAAUUGUUGAUUUGACUUAUAAGCCCAAGUUUGGAAUUGUGAGACCUGAGGAAGCUCCACAAGUAGUUGAGCGACAUUUUCUGGAUUUAAGAAAAAAAUAUGGGGCUGUCUUCGCUGUUGAUCUUGUCAACAAGCAUGGAGGUGAAGGACGCCUAAGUGAAAAAUAUGCAUUAGCAAUGCAGCAUGUUGUUGGUGAUGAUGUAAGAUAUUUGCACUUCGAUUUUCAUCAUAUCUGCGGCCAUGUUCAUUUUGAGCGCCUCUCAAUCCUUUAUGAGCAAAUCUCGGAUUUCCUUGAGAGAAACGGGUACCUUUUGUUAAACGAAAAGGGUGAGAAAAUGAAGGAGCAGCUUGGAGUUGUGAGGACGAAUUGUAUUGAUUGCUUAGACCGUACAAAUGUUACACAGAGCAUGAUAGGCCGGAAAAUGCUGGAAUCCCAACUUAGAAGACUUGGUGUUUUCGGUGCCGAAGAAACUAUUAGUUCACAUCCAAAUUUUGAUGAAAGCUUUAAAUUCUUAUGGGCUAAUCAUGGGGAUGACAUAAGCAUUCAAUAUUCUGGCACUCCUGCUUUAAAAGGAGAUUUUGUUCGAUAUGGCCAGCGGACAAUUCACGGGAUCCUUAAAGAUGGAUGGAAUGCCCUUGCACGCUAUUAUUUGAAUAACUUUUCUGAUGGAACUAGGCAGGAUGCAAUUGAUCUCCUGCAAGGACAUUACAUUGUUUCUGUCAGCCGAGAUAUGACUCCAUCUCAAAAAGGAGGCCUUGAGACUGUAGCUUCUUUUCCGCUGGCUUUAUCAUUGGUUUUAACUGGGUUCGUUUUAGCGACCAUGUCACUGAGGCAAGGUCGAUAUGAUGUUAGGCACUUUUUCUUCUCGUUUAUGUGGGCAAGCAUGAGUAUAGCUAUAGCAGCUUUAAUGAGGGCCAAUGGACAGAUUUUCUGUAACCGACCUCGUCUGCACAAGCCUCGUUGAUUCCAGAUCUGACUGAUUUGAUUAUUAUUUUUUUAAUGAAUUUAUCAGCGUGCUGCUUGUUAUACCAAUUCUUUCAUACAAAGUUUUGUAAUCAGUGUUGUUAUGAAUUCUUGGUUGGUCAGAUCUCACUUAAGCAGUUGCUGCUUUGGGGAUGUCUUAAUGUUAUCAUUUUUAUUCUUUAUUGUAUAAUUAGAUUUUCAUUGUGCCUUCUUCAAGGUAAAAGCUUUGAGGGUGCAAUUCUUGUGACA